UUGGUGAUUUGCACAAUUUUAGUCAAUUGUUAAGCACUGCCGUAAUAGGACACGUCUGUUUUUAUAGUAGAUCAUUAAAAUUAAAUACUAAGUUUAAAAUAUAUCGUGUUUUGGCGAUCGAUUGUUGUGUAAAAAGAAGUCAUUAACAUUAUUGCUGUUGAUAAAAGCUCCGUUAACAAAAUGAUUUUAAGAAUAUUAUUAUUCACAUCAACUGCUUUACUACUCACGCCGAGCUGCGCAAAUGCACAGUUUCAUCAUUUUGGUGAACAGGUGAACACCCAUUUGGGUUCGGAAUGUGCACUUUUACUGGCCGGUCCUGGUCGUUCGUCGGUCUACGACUACAAUGUGAAUCUGUUCCGUGGUGGAGUGAGGCCAUAUACAGGAGAUAAUACUUGUAUUACUUACGAUGCAGUAAAUGCAGCCUAUCUAGAUGCGAGAAAAAGAAUUCAUGUUUCGCAGCCAAAAGGAGAUUGGAAGGCAGAUGACUUAGCCACUGUUGGUGAACUAAUACUCGAUAUUUCGAUACAAUUAGCGAGAACUUAUGGUUUAUCAUAUGAGGAAAUUGAAAAGGGUUUGCCCACAAUUGACACAUCAAAGACACUCAUACGUGAGGUGUGUCCACCGUUCUUUGCUGGUGUUGAAUGUCGGCCGGGUAAAUAUCGUCGUUUCGAUGGCCUCUGCAAUAAUAUUGAACAUCCAACGUGGGGUGCUGCUAUGUCACCAUUUCAACGUUUAAUUGGACCACUUUACUCUGACGGCAUAAAUGCACCACGUAUUUCUGUUACCGGUCAUGAUUUGCCUUACUCACGUAUUGUCUCGCGCACCAUGCAUCCUGAUGACGGCUACCAUGAUCAUGCCGGCACUGUUAUGGUUAUUGCUUGGGGUCAAUUCAUGGAUCAUGAUUUUACAUUAACCGGCACACCACUUGAUCCCAUCAACCGUAAUGAUCCUGAGGAAUGCUGUAAGCGUCCCUUACAUUUGAAGCAUCCUUAUUGUAAUGAGAUCCGCAUACCAGACGAUGAUUAUUUCUACCGUUUGUUUAAUGUAAAAUGCAUUGAUUUUGUGAGAGGUUUUCCAUCACCUAGACCCGGCUGCAGAUUGGGUUCCCGACAACAAUUCAAUACACUCACCGGUGUCAUCGAUGCCAACACAGUUUAUGGUGUAAAUGAGAAAUUUGAUCGGAAGCUGCGUACAGGCUAUGGUGGUCUGCUGCGCAUGAAUCCUGUAUUCCAAGAGUAUGGACUUAAAGAUUUAUUACCACUGAAAUUAGAUAUACCCGAUGAGGGUUGCACUCGUCCCAACAAAAGCAUGUUCUGUUUCGAAGCUGGUGAAAUUCGUGUCAAUGAACAAUUGGUACUGACCUGCAUGCACACUUUAAUGGCACGAGAACACAAUCGUGUAGCCACAGCCUUAGCACAAAUCAACAAACAUUGGGAUGAUGAAACUUUAUUCCAAGAAGCACGUCGUAUCAAUGUAGCUAUUGUGCAACAUGUCACCUUCAAUGAGUUUUUACCCAUACUCUUAGGUAAAGAAAUAAUGGAAAAGUUUGGUUUAGUAUUACGAAAGGAUGGUUAUUGGGAUGGCUAUGAUCCAAGUGUAAAUCCUGGCAUUAUUGAUGCAUUUGCCGGCGCAGCUUUCCGUUUUGGACAUUCAUUAUUACCUACAGCAGUAGAACGUUGGUCUAAGGCACAUAAAUUUAUUGCGUCAAAACGUUUAUCUGACUUGAUACGUCGUCCUUAUGACUUGUAUCGUGCCGGUGUAUUGGAUGAAUAUUUUAUGGGUUUGAUGAAUCAAGUAGCACAAGCUAUGGACGACUCAAUUACACAGGAAGUAACAAAUCAUUUGUUUAAGAAAGAAGGUGCUCGAUUUGGUAUGGAUUUGGUUUCAUUUAAUAUGCAACGUGGACGUGAAUUUGGCUUGCCUGGUUAUAUGGAAUUUAGAAAAUUCUGUGGUUUACCUACUUCAAAUACUUGGGAAGAAAUGUUUGGUUCUAUGCCUAAUGAAACGAUUGUACGCUAUGAAAGUAUCUUUGAACAUCCAGCUGAUAUUGAUUUGUGGUCAGGUGGAGUUUCUGAGAAAUCAUUGCCUGGCUCUAUGUUAGGACCUACUUUUGCAUGCGUAAUUGCGACGCAAAUGAGUUAUGUACGACGUGGUGAUCGUUUCUGGUACGAAUUACCCAAUCAGCCAUCAUCUUUCACACCAGAACAAUUGCAAGAAUUGCGUAAAGCAAAACUUUCACGCUUGAUAUGUGAUAACACAGAUUUAAUUGACACCGUGCAAAUUUACCCAAUGGUGUUGCCAGAUCAUGAAAUUAACCCCCGCGUGCCAUGUAAAAGCGGUAUUAUACCUUCAAUAGACUUAACGAAAUGGGCUGAUUAUUCCGGUCAUGAUAUCGACUCACCAGUUUAUAAUUAUAUCAACGAAAUACCUGACACUUUACUGAACUUUAGAAAGAAAUAAAAAUUUUACUCCUGCCUUGAAGUCUAUAUUUGG